AUGAAGGGAAAGUCGCUGGACGUGGUUGCGUACAAGGGCUGCGUGGAGUUGUAUGUCACGGGAGAUAAUGAGGUGGUGGAUCAGCGCAUCUCGCAGAAUGAGAGCUGGACCGGGUGGGAGCACAUGGGUGGCAGCGUAGAGACCAAGCCGACUCUCGAUUGGCUCAAGCCGACUCUCCCAACCCAAUCACAUCGAGCUCUGCUUAUGUCGCUUGUGGUACCCUCCCUUUUUCCACUUGGCAACCGAGGGUCACGAGCAGGCAAGAUCCGACAGCGAGGCUUCGGCGCAUACUGCACUGCUGCAGUCAUUCCUCACACCGGCUUACGGAGUGCUGGCGGCAGGCACUGGGUACGGCAGCAGUGGAUGAGCCCGGCAGUAGGCGGUCGCCAUCUUGAAGCGAUCAACAAGUGUAUCGCCAAGCAUGCGGGCGAUGUGGUGACGGCCAAGAAUCCCACGCCCAAGCCUUCUUCUUCUGCUGCGCAAUCGCUCAAUCGGGAGGGCGGCUGGCGAGGCCAAUCGGCUGCGGCAGGGCAUCGGCUCGAUACCCAACGCCAGCGUGCGCGUCCCGAUGGUGCAAGUUGCACUUACUAUCAGGGAAGCAUGGAAUCGUGGAAACUGAGAGAAGGAGGAGCCCUUGCGAGAGACAGAGACAAGGAUGAAGGUGGAAGGAAAGCGAGCAGGCGGGCCCCACCGGACAGAGCUUUGUGCCGCGCCGCGCGUGUGGAUUGGCUGAAAGGGCUCCCCCUCUUUGGCCACCAGCGAACCAGCGAACGAGCACCCGCCCAAGCGCCCGACACCAGAGCUCUCUCUCCUCCACCACGGGUACCGACACCGAGCUCACCCACUUCCGAGCUUUCUGAGUUCACGCAGCUCCCAUCUGAGCUUAGCAUAGCAGCAUUCGCAUCCCCCGCCCAGCGCGGAUCGCCAUCUGCCAGCACUGAGCAACUAAGCAGCAUCGCCGACACCAACCAUACCAGCGUCAUUUCUCCCAGACGAUGCCAGACCAUGCCGAGGCCGUCGCACUCGUCUGCGCACCCUGACCAGCCCACGGCCACGACGACGUCGACGCCGUCGCCGCUGCACCGCCUGCCCGUCAAUCCGCGCAGGAAGAAGGUUGCGCCCGACGAGCGCAAGCGCGUGGCCACAGCCUGCAACAGCUGCAACGUGCGCCGCAUCAAGUGCAGCGGCGAGAAGCCCUGCCGCCAGUGUGCCACGAGCCAGCGCGAGUGCCUGUACCCGGAACCGGUCGAGCGCGUCACCGUGCCCAAGGCCGAGCUGGAGUCACUGCGUCGUCGCGUCGCCGAACUCGAGAGCCAGCUGGCCUCCCGGGAUGCCGUGCCGACCUUUGCCUCCUCCGACGAGCCUUGCCCCCGCCUGCCCGGCGGUAUUGACGGCCGCAUGCUGGCCGACCCGGCCGGCACGACCCGCUAUCUGGGAGAGACGUCGGGAGCAACCUUCCUUGACACGCUCAAGGAGCUGAUCAACACGGCCACGCCCUUAGCUCUCGUGCUGGAUGGCCGAUCGGGCGAGACGCCGGCUGGGGCAGCAUUCUUGGGGUCCGUCGGACAGUACCAGACGCACGACUCGCGCCCGCUGAGGCUGCCUGACGUCAAUCCGUACUCGCUACCGCCUGAGGCCGACAUCACAGCCACGCUGACCGAACUGUGCUACUUUAUCCGGGAUGGUCACGGCGCCUUCGCCAGCGGCGGCACCCUGUUCUGGCCAUUUGAGGACCCCAAGAACACGGUCGAGACGGCGGCUGUAGCUGGGAACGGGUCGACCGACCGGCGGGCGGCCCUAGCGCUCUGUCACAUGGCGCUGGCCUUUGGUCGGUUGCUGCGUCUGCGCGAACCGGGCAGCGUCGCUGACGGGCAACUGGGAGAGGACUCGUUUGCGCGGGCGCGCCUGCUGCUGGGCAACCUGCUGGACCGCACGACGUACACGACCAACGACAUUGCCGUAUUGGCGCUCAUGGCGCUAUACCUGAUCGAGAAUAAUCGGCGUGACGCUGCCUAUGUGGCCGUCAGCAAUGCCAUGACCAUCAGCGUCAUGAACGGCCUGCAUCGCGGAUCAGGUACCCUGAGCGAGAUCGAUGUGCGCACUUUCUGGACUGUUUAUGUGCUCGACAGUGGGCUGCCCUCGCCGGCUGGACUGCGCGCGCAUAUCGAGCUGUGCAAGAUAUCCGACUACAUCGUGUACAGCAGCUACCGCGCCGGCGGAUCGGCCAACAAGGCCACGGCCCACGUCGACAAGGCGCUCGAACUGCUGCGCAAGUGGCACGCCGCCCUGCCGCCGGCGUUGUGCCUGCCUGACCCACUGACGCUGUUCCCGCCAGAUCCGUUCACGCAGGCCGCCUUCACUGGCGAGCUGUUGAGCGGCGCGGAGAAUUUUGGCCAGGACCGCGCCGCCUGGGCCCUGCACAUGAAUUACAACCAGCUCGUCAUCCUCUCCGUCCGCCCCGCAAUGCUCAUGGCCGUGUGGAAAGCCAUCGCCAGCAUCGUCUUCAACAUCAACCAACCCUUCGACAUCGAGAAUCAUCCACAGAUCGAGCCGAUCCGGGCCUGCAGCGACGCCGCCCGCCGCAACCUGCGCCUAGGCCGCUUAAUGCGCCUGCGCAGCCCGCGCCAAAAGCUCCUCCUGCAAGACCUGCACAACAUCUUCAACGCGGCCGUCAUCCUGACCAUGCACCAGAUCGUCUUCGUCAACCUGCGUACGCAGGAUCUCGACGACAUCAACUGGGCCGCCGACGUGUUUGAGUCGGAGGCGCAGACGGGCAGCGAGUACGCGCGCGACUGUGAGCAGGUACUCAGGGACUUGAAGUACCUGUGCAACCAGCUGCGCAAUCCGAUUCAUGACCCCAACAUGAAGCAGGUGCUGCUGUCGCAGGAGGGCGUGCUGCGCGAUUUCCUGCCGCCGCCUGCGAAUGGCGAGACGUCAGCAGCGACGACGGUGGCGAACGGUGGGCAGCAGAUCGCCGCAACACCCCCUCAAGCUCCCCCAUCUGCAAAACAGGGCGACACGCUGUACCAGCGCGUGCGCGCCAUCUACCAGACGCUGGCUUGCUGGUGGAAAGCCGACUAUAUGCAGUUUUACAAUACGUUUCUUUCGUAG